UUUAUCACACGCAUACACACAGAGCACACCAGUGCACCAGGGAGGAGUAUUGUUGACUGGUAUCAGCAUCAAAAUGUCAAGUAACCUUGAGCCCACCAGCACCGGAAACAAUCUACUGCAAACACCUGAGCAGGGACAAGGCUCGAGACUCAAACAGUUUUCUCCCGGUCAUGUACGUAAACUGGGGUUGACGAGGAGAACUCGAGAAAGGAGGGAUUUGAAGCAGGAUGAAAACCCAGAAGAGAAAGCACGAAAACACAAAGAGAUGGAGCUGAAGCCUCUGUAUAAAGAGCUGUUGUACACCAUCACUCAUAAAAUGGGCAACCCAUCAUCAACCAAGGUCUUCACAGAGCUCCAACUCCAGCAGUUCAUCAAGGAGGAGUUUGCUAUGACAGAUUCAGAGCACCAGACUUUGAGUGAGAAAGUUCAGAGCACAGAGCCUCCAGUGUACUGCCUGAUGGCCACUGUGAAAGAAUCAAAGGGGAUCCUGGGAAAAGAUGUCACAGGUUUCAGUGACCCAUACUGCCUGCUGACUAUAAUGGAGGAUGAAGAGGAGAGUCGAACACGCAAGUCCAGAGCCAAGCCCUGUAAAUCUGUUGUAAAGGAUGCAGUAUCAGACGACAAAAUCUACCAAACCGACAUAAAGAGGCAAACUCUGAAUCCUAUCUGGAACCAGACCUUUAUUCUAGAGUUUGAAGACAUCGCCGGCGCCAGCUUCCAUCUCGAGAUGUGGGAUAAGGAUGAAGAAGUGUCACUCUCUCAGAAACUAGAGGAGAUUAAGACCAAUUUCAACAGCUUAAGAAGGAUGAUUAAGGACGCCAAAAAAGAGAAAGGCACGGAUGACUUUUUGGGACAUGUUGUCCUGAAACUACAGGAUCUCCACUGUACUGAAGACAACUGGUACAAUCUGGAGCCCAGAACAGAGACGUAUCCUGAUCGUGGCCAGUGCCACCUGAACCUCAAGUUCAUACACAAGUCGAGAGACGGGACGCUGAGUGCCGGCCGAAGUGCUUACAUCAACUACUGUGGUAUUCUGCAACAGUUCGUUCAGGCGUACAUCUCCAAGCAGCAGAGCUCAGCUCCGUGGAAAGGCGCUCUGUGCGGCGAGGCUCAGACUCUGCUGGAGCUCUACGCCACACAGAACAACCUCUCACCUUUUCUUCAGGACCUCGCGAAAUGGGUGGCUUACAGUAAGCUGUACCAGAGUUUAGAGGUGGAUGCAUCUGUUCUGUUCCAGCAGCUGACCAGCAUAGAGUACCACUGGCAUCAACAGGAGCUGCCACAUCAACAGAAACAGGAACUCGGGGACUCUCUUCACAGCUUCCUGCAGUAUGGAUUGUGUCUGGUGGCCAAAUACCGAGACAUCUUCCCUCCAUCUUCCAGUGCUACUCCGAAACUACACACACUCCUCAGGAUCUUGGUCCAGAUCUGUAAGACUCAAGCCUUUCAAAAGCUGAACCCAGCACAGUUUGAGUUACACGAUGAAGUCUGCGAUGCCAUACAGACGGGAACACAGGAAUGGUUCACCAUCAAGAAGGGUUUGCACCAGCCCAUGACUAAGGACCUUUCAGAGAUUGUUGGCGCCCUCUCCAGCUUGAUCCGGGAGGUGCAAGAAGAUAUUAAACACAAUAAGGAUGUGUGGAACAGAGUGUUUGUGAGUGCAGUUCAAGUGGACGUAUUCACUGUAGCCUACAAGAAGUUUGACAGUCUGCUGGCAAACGAGGUGAUGGAAACCAUGUCCCUGAUCGAGGGUCAGAUGGAGCAGACUCUUGCCAACAGUCUUUUCCCCGUUUACCUGAGCCUGCAGGUCAUCCACAAAGACAAGGCCUUCCUCCAGAAAAGGGGAUUACUUGAGCUCACAAACUUUCAAGAGGGCUUCAGAGAGGCUCUUCCGUACUGGCUGAACCAGGCCUACAGCACGACUGAGGACAGGGUGGAGAGGGCCGUGCAGGUGGACCAGCUCCAGCCCCUGCAGUCUGGAGUCGUACCCAUAAAACACAGCUCCUCAGCCGUGGACCUGGUGGCAUGUAUCCAGCCUAUCUGCCAGCUCUGGGACCAGCUGUCCUGGCCCGAUCCUGAGGAGGCUUUCAUGCUCAUGGUUAAACUCACUGAGGAUGUGUGUAAGAUCGUGAUGAACUACUGUCACAUCCUGAAGGAGCGGGUGAGGACGCUGUCUGAGAACUCUGACCCUGGCAGUGCCAUCAACAUGUUGUGUGUGGUGGUGAAUGACUUGGAGCACUUACGGUCGGUGCUGACACGACUGCCUACACAGCUGAACUGGGCCGGGCUCCGAGAUCGAACCCAAAACGUCAUCGGGGAAAGCCAGUUCCACAACACGCUGCCCUCACAACUCCAGCAGGCCCAGAGCGUCCUCAGCAGAGAGAUACGCUCUGCUUUGGACACCCUCGGGAAAAAGCUAAACACAGACAUUGAAACUCACGUCAGAGGCAUGGCAACCAGGCGCAGGAUUCCCUCCAAGUCCACAGAGGACGCUGCAGCGCCUCUGAUGAGAUACCUGGAGCAAGAGCUGAAGUAUAUGAAUGAGAACCUGGUUCAGGAGAACUUCAACAGUCUGCUGACUCCUCUGUGGAAUAACUCAGUGAAGAUCCUGUACCAGGUGGCUACCAAGUAUCCACAGCAGGAGGGACUCAUGGUGUUCUGCCAGAGGCUGCUGUACACACUACAGUGCCUGGAGCAGUGCUUCCAUGCAGAGGGGAACGGGCUGCCUCUGAAUGGACUCCACUCUGAAGACUACAAGACUCUCAAAGGACACCUGACCCACAACUCUCUGAGCAGCCGGCAGCUUGUAGAGAAGUUCUUUGAGAGGAAAGUCACGGAGCAGAAAGUGUACGGUGGAGAGAAGUAUGGUGCAGUCACCCUCCUCACGUCCUACAGGAGAUCAGACCAAAGACUCAGAGUUGAGGUGUUAAAUGCGGUGAACCUCUUACCCAUGGACUCUAACGGUUUGAGUGAUCCCUUCGUGCAGCUCUGUCUCGAGCCGAACCACAUCUUUCCGGAGGUGGAGCCUCGGAGCACUCAGGUCAAAAACUGUGACCUGAAUCCGCUCUUUGAUGAGGCCUUUGAGUUUUUGGUCUCCCUGGAUCAGUGCCAGACUCCAGGGACCUGCCUGGUGGUGACAGUUCUGGAUCACGACACUCUGAGAGCUGAUGACUUUGAAGGCGAGGCCUUCCUGGCUCUCAGGGGCAUACCUGGAGUUGCUGGACGAAAAGAAGAAGAUGGACUCGGCUCACAGCCCGAUGCCGUCCCUGCUCAGAUCCGGCUGCGUCUGAUGCAUCCUAAACCAAACGAGGACGGCAUCCUCAGGCUCCUGGAGUCCAGGAAAGGAGAGCGGGAGACUCAAGCGUUUGUGAAGAAGAGAAGACUGAGAGAGAAACAGUCCCAGGAGGAGAUUCAGCAGUAACAAACAUACAGACAACGUUUUCCUCCAAAAAUAUACAAUUUGUUUUAAUGAUCUGUACCAAAAACAAAGAAAAGUCCACUCAGAAAGAAACACUGUUGUUGGAUGAGUUGUGUAUGGAGAGAAUGCUGAGCAUGGAUUUAUCAAAGACCAUCACAGUGAUCAUGAACACUUUCACAUCUGCAUUUAAACCUCACACUCCUUAACAUGUCCGUCUGCUUCCUGAUGUUUGUCCACUCAGUUCAAGAGAUAAGACAUCACUUAACUAUGUCCUGACAGGGUGAAAGGUCAAAGGUUACUACGACUGUCAGAAUGACGGCAGAGGAACGUGUCACCAAUGAUUUGAGAAAGAGGAAACGGGAUGAUUGGAACAAAAAUACGCUUGAGUUAACAUGAAAAGUAUUUAGAUAAAAAUAAAAAAUGUUAUUUCAAAGACUA